GUGAUCCCCCGUGUAAGAGUGAGGUGGAGGAGGACAUUCCAGUCCAUGUGACCACAGGAAAUCCCAAUAAGAAUUCUGAAGGAAACGUCAUGUUAUCACUAGAUCAUAAAGAAGAAAAUCAGGACAACAUGCAGCGUUCUUCAGGAGAAAACCUCAUUACACUGAUCGGUUAUCCAGGACCUCACAGUGCAGAUCUAUCACAUAAUCCUCCUAAUCAUGAGGAACCUUCUCCUGACCAAUCUCAGAUUAUAACCACAAGUACCGGGCAGAAAGGAAGUAAAAGGUUUCACUGUGAAGAAUGUGGAAAACUGUUUACAAGAAGCUCAGUUCUUUCUGUGCACAGAAGAAUUCACACAGGAGAGAAGCCGUAUUCAUGUUCAGAAUGUGAGAAAUGUUUUACAGACAAAUCGGGUCUCAUUAAACAUCAGAGAAUCCACACAGGAGAGAAGCCGUAUUCAUGUUCAGAAUGUGAGAAAUGUUUUACAGACAAAUCAGGUCUCAUUAAACAUCAGAGAAUCCACACAGGAGAGGAGCCAUAUUUAUGUUCAGAGUGUGGGAAAUGUUUUGCACGAAAAUCAAGUCUCCUUAUCCAUCAGACAAUUCACACAGGGCUAAAGCCAUACUCGUGCUCCGAAUGUGGGAAAUCUUUUACAGAAAAAUCAAGUCUCCUUAUACAUCAGAGAAUUCACACAGGGCUAAAGCCAUACUCAUGCUCCGAAUGUGAGAAAUAUUUUACCCAGAAAUCAAAUCUUAUUAUACAUAAGAUUCUUCACACAAGAGAGAAGCCAUAUUCAUGUGCAGAAUGUGGGAAAUGUUUUAGAGAUAAAUCAGGUCUUCUUAUACAUGAGAGAAUUCACACAGGAGAAAAGCCGUAUUCAUGUUCAGAAUGUGGGAAAUGUUUUACAAGGAAAUCACAUCUUGUUAUUCAUAAGAGAAGUCAUACAGGAGAGAAACCAUAUUCAUGUUCAGACUGUGGGAAAUGUUUUAAGCAAAAAUCACAUCUUGUAAAACAUGAGCAAAUUCACACAACAGAGAAGCCUGGGGAGAUUCUGAAUGAAUCAAGCAAUCACAGUCUAAUUGCUGAUCCUGUAAUAAGACUAACUGCAGCGUACUCACAAGUGACCAGAGAAAAGGAUCCCUCGUGUAAGAGUGAGGUGGAGGAGGACAUUCCAGUCCAUGUGACCACAGGAAAUCCCAAUAAGAAUUCUGAAGGAAACGUCAUGUUAUCACUAGAUCAUAAAGAAGAAGAUCAGGACCACAUGCAGCGUUCUUCAGGAGAAAACCUCAUUACUUUGAUCGGAUAUCCAGGGCCUCACAGUGAAGAUCUAUCACAUAAUCCUCCUAGUCAUGAAGAACCUUUUCUUGACCAAUCACAGAUUGUAACAACAAGUCUAGAUCUAUCACAUAAUCCUCCUAAUCAUGAGGAACCUUUUCCUAACCAAUCUCAGAUUAUAACCACAAGAAGCGUGCAGAAAGGAAGUAAAAGGUUUCAUUGUGAAGAAUGUGGAAAACUGUUUACAAGAAGCUCAGUUCUUUCUGUGCACAGAAGAAUUCACACAGGAGAGAAGCCGUAUUCAUGUUCAGAAUGUGAGAAAUGUUUCACAGACAAAUCAGGUCUCAUUAAACAUCAGAGAAUCCACACAGGAGAGAAGCCAUAUUCAUGUUCAGAAUGUGAGAAAUAUUUUACAAGGAAAUCACUUCUUGUUAAACAUGAAAGAAUUCACACCGGAGAGGAGCCAUAUUUAUGUUCAGAGUGUGGGAAAUGUUUCACAGAAAAAUCAAGUCUCCUUAUACAUCAGAGAAUUCACACAGGGUUAAAGCCAUACUCGUGCUCCGAAUGUGGGAAAUGUUUUACAGAAAAAUCAAGUCUCGUUAUACAUCAGAGAAUUCACACAGGGCUAAAGCCAUACUCAUGCUCCGAAUGUGAUAAAUGUUUUACCCAGAAAUCAUAUCUUAUUAUACAUAAGAGACUUCACACAAGAGAGAAGCCAUAUUCAUGUUCAGAGUGUGGGAAAUGUUUCACAGAAAAAUCAAGUCUCCUUAUACAUCAGAGAAUUCACACAGGGCUAAAGACAUACUCAUGCUCUGAAUGUGGGAAAUAUUUCACAAAAAAAUCAAGUCUCCUUAUACAUCAGAGAAUUCACACAGGGCUAAAGCCAUAUUCAUGCUCAGCAUGUGGAAAAUGCUUUUUAACUCAAUCAUAUCUUAUUAGACAUGAAAUAAUUCACACAGAAGAGAAACCAUAUUCAUGUUCAGAAUGUGGGAAAUGUUUUACCAAAAAGUCAUAUCUUAUAAAACAUGAGCGAAUUCACACAGGAGAGAGGCCAUAUUCGUGUUCAGAGUGUGGGAAAUGUUUUAGAGAUAAAUCAGAUCUUCUUAUACAUGAGAGAAUUCACACAGGAGUGAAGCCGUAUUCAUGUUCACAUUGUGGGAAAUGUUUUACAAGGAAAUCACAUCUUGUUAUACAUGAAAGAAGUCACAUAGGAGAGAAGCCAUAUUCAUGUUCACAUUGUGGGAAAUGUUUUACAAAGAAAUCACAUCUUGUUAUACAUGAGAGAAUUCACACAGGAGAAAAGCCAUAUUCAUGUUCAGAAUGUGGGAAAUGUUUUAAGCAAAAAUCACAUCUUGUAAAACAUGAGCGAAUUCACACAGGAGAGAAGCCAUAUUCAUGUUCACAUUGUGGGAAAUGUUUUACAAGGAAAACAAAUCUUGUUAUACAUGAGAGAAGUCACACAAGAGAGAAGCCGUAUUAAUAUUUUAUAUUAGAACAAUGAUUGUAAGUAAACGUAAGCCGACAUUGGGGUUUUUACUUUACACAGGAGGCCAUUAUAGUUGUGUCCCCUCCACAGAACAGGGUUUAGGCCUCUUUCACACUUGCAUUGUUUUCUGUUUUUGAGAUCUGUUCAGGAUGCAUCAGAAUGUCUUCCAUUCCGGCAGCAUUCCACUUUGUGAGCGGACACAAACCUGCUGCAAGCUACGGUUUUGUGUCCGGUCAUAAAAACGGAUCCAGCACUGAAAACAAUGUAAGUCAAUGGUGGCAGAUCAGGUUUAUUUUUACUCAUUGACUUUAAAUGUAUUUAGUGAUUAAUCAGUUUUUUCCGUUUUUAUUUCACACAACCGCAUCCUAAUGGAAGCGAUGCAUCCUGACCUGCAAAAUCAAAAUGCAUCCAUUUAAUUCCAGUAUUGAGAUCCUCUGCCGCAAGUGUGAAAGUAGCCCUACAUGAAGCGUUCCUGACAUAUCUGCACAAUCAUCUCCAUCAUCUGCUGCUCUGUAUGUUAUGUGUGACACAUCCGCACAGUUAUCCCCAUCAUCUGCUCUGUACAUUAUGUGGGACACAGCUGCACUGUACAUUAUGUGUGACACAGCCGCACAGUUACCCCCAUCAUCUGCUCUGUACAUUAUGUGUGACACAGUCACCCCCA